AUGAGAGGCUCCUCACACUCCCAGAAGUCCCUGUCGGUGAUCAACUCCAGCAGUGUGCGGGUCCAAAGUCCAUCUCCUUCCCGCUGUAAGGGAUCCUCCUACAGCCGCGGUCGUAAUGGGUACCAGGGUGGUGUGUCUGCUGUUGAGGUUGGCACAGAGAUCCACCAGCAGCAUGCAAACGAGAAGGAGGAAAUGCAUGAGGUGAAUGUUCGCUUUGCCGGUUACAUUGGGAAGGUGCAGGCCCUGGAACUGAGGAAUGCCCAGCUGCAGGCAGAGCUGGCCGCACUGCAGGGCCGCUUCAAGGGAGGCCCUAGUGGGCUCGGAGAAGAGUAUGAGAUCAAAUUCAAGGAGGUGAGGGAUCUGAUUGAGGCCCUGACUGCACAAAAGGGCGCAGCUGACAUUGAGAGGGGUUACAUCGAGGAGGAGAUAGACGUGUGGAGGCUCAAACUGGAGGAGGAGAUGGCCCUCAAAGAGGCUGCUGAGAUGAUCCUGCAAGAGUUCCGUCAGGAUGUGGAUAAUGCCACGCUGCAGAAAGCCGACCUGGAGAGGCAAGUGGAACAGCUGCUGGCUGAAAUUGAGUUUUUGAAGAAGCUGCAUGAUGAAGAGGUUGCUGACCUCAUGAAGCAGAUUGAGGAUUCCAAGGUCACUGUGGAGCUGGACUCAGACCGGCCUGACCUGGCGGCCUACCUGCGCAACAUGCGUGCUGAGAUUGAGUCCGUGGCUGCUCGCAAUGUCCAGGAGGCAGAGAAGUGGUACAAGGGCAAAUUCGACACACUGAAACAAACAGCUGGCAAAACUGAGGAAAAGAUGAAGACCAUGAAGGACGAGAUCACCACCUUCCACAGUCAGGUGACUGAACUGCAGAAUCAGAUUGAUGGCGUGAGAGCUCGCAAUUCUGCUCUGGAACAGCAGCUGGAAGACAUGGAGGCAAAUCACCAAGACAAGGUGGCAGGGCUGGAGGACAUCAUUGAUCAACUGGAGAACCAGCUCUGUGAGACCAAGAUGGAGAUGAGCAAAUACAUGCAGGACUAUCAAGAGCUGCUGCACAUCAAGCUGAAGCUCGAUGCUGAGAUCGCCACCUACAGGAAACUGCUGGAAGGCGAGGAGAAGAGACUGGGAAUCGCUACAGAAGGUAAAAGCACCCAUACUUAACUACAUCCAACAUUACUGUUUGGCAUAGAAGCAUUUUUGACUUCCAUGCUUAGGGUCUGUAUUUUAGGAUCUUACCAUUUUCCCACUCCCAUAUAAUGGACAAAUAUUUUUGACGACCUGAACUGAGUUACAGCUUCAAACCAGAACUCCUCUGGAAAAGCUAUUUUGAAUGCCCACAGAACCAAUUUACUCUUUUGGUCACCUAUAUUCAAAGUCAAUUGUGUAGAGGACAGUCUUUCCCAUUGCCACUUCUGUUGUGCUCCAGACAUGAUUAGAAUCAGAAUGGCAUGAAAUAUUAAUGUUACUGUGCUUAUUGCCUCCACAGGCGAGAGCCACCCAGCCAUCCAGGAAU